CCAUUUCAAUUUUCAAUAUAAAACUGGUGUUCCAUUUCCAGCGUUCCUAUAAAUAUCAGAACGUAUAUUGGUAUUAUUGGAACAUGCUUAAUGGUUAGAACGACACAUAAAAAAUUACCAUACCAAGGGUUAAUUUAAUAUAAUAAAUGACACCUGAAUGAGAUAAUAGCACAUGUCAAUCAUACAUUCGCUUACAUAUACAAUUACAUCACAUACUUAAGUUUGUUUAGUUGGGUUGAUAGUAAAGAUUUAAACAGUUAAAAUUGGACCUGAGUAGCAGUGCAAUUAGUAAUUACCACCUGCAAUUCACGCUGUCAAUCAAAAGAAAUCACUUAUCGUAUAAAAGGAUGAAAUGCUUGACAGAAAUUACCAUUCAAUAUGAAGUUCUCACUCGGUUUAUUUAUUGUCACACUCGCUAUAAGUGGAGUAAGCCUAAAUAUGGAAAUAUCCGUUUUAACCAAUUUUAUUUUGAACUUGGUUAAAACCAAGCAUACUAUCUUGUUUUCAUGUUCAGCGCAAGAUUUCCAAGAUGCGCCUGCAACCCUAAUGGCCCUAAACCAAUUAGUGAGUGUCGUUAAUCUUAACGAAUAUUAUUAUUUGCCUUCAGUACUGACAAGAGAAAGUCACGCUCGCACUACGGUUGUGGUAAACACCAGAUGUAACGGAACAUCUGAGCUCCUUUCUGAAGCAUCUGAAAAUAGAUACUUUAACAAAACCUAUCAAUGGUUCCUCUGGGGCAUUGGCCUUGAGGUUCAAACGUUGUUUCCAUUAGAACUCGACUAUGUUGGCCCCAACGCCCAAAUAACAUAUGUUAAUAAAACCGAUAAUGGCUUCGCAUAUUGGGAUGUUCACUCAAAAGGUCGACAUUUACGAUCCGUAUUGGAGGUUAAUUUAAUAGGUACUUUCGAAAAUGGUAGAAUGAACAAGGUUAGCGAAAUAUUUUAUUUACAAAGCAUUGAGUUUCGCGGUCAAUUCAACGGGAUUACCCUAAGAGGAGCCAGUGUUAUCGACAAGGAUGACAUUAUUUCAAAUGAACAAAUUGAAUCAAUUCUUUCACGACCAACCAAAGAUUCCGGUGUGGCAGCAUUUAUAAAAUAUCACUAUGAGCUAUUGAGUCUUUUGAGAGAACGUUUCAAUUUCACCGUUAAUUUUCGAAAUUCCAGAGGUUGGGCUGGACGUUUGGGAAACACAACUUUUCGACUUGGGCUUUUGGGAAUCGUAAUGCGCAAUGAGGCUGAUAUUGCAGCAUCUGGAGCCUUCAAUCGGAUUAAUCGGUUUGCCGAGUUUGAUAUAAUACAUCAAAGUUGGAAAUUUGAGACGGCGUUUCUGUACCGGUAUACGCCAGAUUUGGAUACCCAUGGAUCAAGCGGCAACUUCUUAUCCCCAUUUAGCGAUAGAGUUUGGGUUUUCUCCCUGCUAACUGUUGCAGCUGUUAGCAUAAUAUGGGUUAUAUUUGAGAUAAUUGAUAGCACUUUGCAACGAAGGAGAGCGGUUUUGAAAAUUGAACCUAAUGUGAAGAAAGAUAAACAUGACAUUAAAACUACUUGCGUAGAAAGGAUUCUACAGACAUUUGGUGCUAUGUGCCAACAGGGUUUGGACCCCACUCCUAAAGAUCGUUCGGUGCGCUUCCUCGUAAUUACAUUAUUUCUGUUUUCCCUGGUAAUGUACAAUUAUUACACAUCUUCUGUGGUCGGCGGAUUGCUGAGCUCUUCAGAUCAAGGACCUGCAACAGUGGAUGAGAUAACCUCUAGUCCGUUAAAAAUAUCAUUUGAAGACAUUGGUUACUACAAAGUUUUAUUUAGAGAAAGUAAAAAUGUUUCUAUAACGAGAUUAAUAGAAAAGAAACUGUCUUCAACGAGAUCUCCAAAUGAAUUGGGGAUAUUUUCUCAUAUUGAAGAAGCUGUUCCAUACCUCAAGGCCGGCGGUUUCGCAUUUCACUGUGAAGUAGUGGACGCUUAUCCAGUAAUUGCUGAAUUUUUCGAUGCUAAUGAGAUAUGCGAUUUGCGUGAUGUCUCUGGACUAAUGGAAGUUGAAAUUAUGAAUUGGAUAUUACACAAAAACAGCCAGUAUACCGAAAUUUUUCGAACAGCAAUGUGUAAUGCUCAGGAGAAGGGGUUUGUGGAACGCAUCCUUCGACGGCGACAAACCAAAAAACCAGCUUGUCAAUCAUUGUACACUGUGUAUCCUGUAAGUCUAGCUGGUGUCUUUCCUGCAUUCAUAAUUUUAAUCAGUAAGAAUUCUGAAAAUAUAACUUUAUUUGAAAAUUUAUUUCAUAUAUUUGUUACACAGGUGGAUGUGCGGUUUCUCUCUUAUUAUUGGGCUUAGAGGUAU